GAAAGUAAUGGGUCCUAUCCGAAUACUUUCUGAAAUAAAAGAACUUUUGUCUGUCACAAAUCGCAUUACCAAACAAAAAAGUUUGAAGUUUUGAAUCUUUUUGUCUUCUUACACAAAAGACAUUCCCCUAAAAACUCUCUUGUUCUUGACUCACUUCUACUUCAAAAUCUCUCUGUUCUUCAAAAUUCUUUGUCACAAAAUGGGUUGCUGUCUCAGCAAGAAACCUUCCCCUUCUCUUCCCUCUAGUGUUAAACCCUCAGAUCCAAUCAAACCCAUGGAACCAGUGAUUGAGCCUUUGGAGGAAGAAGCAAAACCCAAAUCUGAGAAACUGAAUCAAGAAGAAGAAGAAGAAGAAGUUGUGGUGAUAAAACACACAAGAAGCCAUGAAGAGAGAUCCAAGAAGACAGAAUCAGAUAAAGAUUCUCCAGUUUCUUCUCCUGUGGCGGCUGAGAAAUCGAAUUCUACACCGCUUGUGAGAAUCUCUAGCUGUACUAAAGAAGAAGUUGAUGCUAUAUUGAUACAAUGUGGGAAGCUAAGUAGAAGCAACUCUGCUGCUAAAACAAGAAGAUACUCUGGUUCUAAAAGAAGCUUUGAUUUUGACCAGAACGAGAGAAUCCGCGGCGGCGAUGCGGCGGAGGAAGACGGAAUGCAGCGAAAUCGUCACCGUGGAGUAGAGAGAGUGCAUGGUUCGCCUCGUGAACGGAGAAGACGAACUCCGAGUAGAGAAAGAGAAAGAUCGGGAAGCAGAGAAAGAGGAAAUGUCGGCGGUGGCGGCGGUGGUAGUAGGAGAGUGAGUAGAUCUCCGGCGAAACGUUCUGAGAUUCGUAACGCUGAUUCGUGUGGCAGUUCGGUAAAUUCGAGUAAUAAUAGACCGGGAAAGUUUGUUACGAUUCCUGCAACGGAUAAGAGUAACAAUGUAGAGCCGUUAGUAAAACGGAUUACGGUUAAGAGAAACAUCGGAGACGCUUGCAGAAUAGCGGCGUCUCCGAGGUCAAAAUCUCCGGCUAGAGCGGGGAAUAAUGUUCCCUCGCUAAGCCGGAGUAAUUCAAGAAAGGCGGAACAAUCUCCCUAUAGAAGAAAUCCAUUGGGAGAGAUUGAUCAAAACACUAAGAAGAUGAUAGAAUCUGUGAAACCUAAUUCAAGAACAAGUAGAGGUCCAAGCCCGAGUCGUGUUGCUGUUGUAGAACUUACGAAAGCUCCUCAAGUUGUGUUAAGCAGAAGCAGAUCGUUGAGGAAAUCUCGAGAUUUCGAUUUGGUAUCAAACGAGGAUAACAAUUACACUGCAUUGUUGUUGAAAGAUAUUCAGAGUUUUCAUGGGAAGAGUGUUGAUGAUAGCGUGAUUUCGCUGCCAUUGUGUGUUAGUAAAGCUUGUUCAAUUGUUGAAGCAGUGGCUGAUCUUAACUCUAUGACGAACAGAACUUGUUUGAGGUCUGAUUCGAGCCGGUUUAGAUUCACAUCGACGGUGAAGAAAGCCGAUCUUAUGGAACCGAGUUUUGAGAAGUAUGUGACUGUGAAGAGAGGUGGUGGUUCGUUGGAGGAAUCAUCUGGUAGCAACAAUGUUACGUGACUAGGGAGAUUCACUUUUAGCAAUAACAGAAACUCGUGUUGUUGCGGUUUAAUAUGGAGAAAUUGUUGUUUUGUUUGUCUAUUGUUGUUUCCUUUGUUUGGUUUAUUUUGUAAUUCAGAUGUCAAUUUGACAAUUUCAAUGAAUCUUCUUCUUAUC